CGGCCAGCGAUCAACGUUUGGCCAGCAGCAGCAGCAGUCGAGAGCGAUAACGACCAGCUGAUUUUUGCCAUUAUCCAUUAUUUUAUCUGGCAUCGUAUCGUCACAACAACAGCAGCAACAUCAGCAGCUACAACAACAAGGGCAUCUCACCCCCGCAACAACAAUUACAACAGCGAUCUGUGACAAAAAAAACCGAAGAAAAAAAGUGAAGUGAUCUCUCCGGCGCUCUCACGCUCUCUCGGCUCUCUCUCGUCGACUUCGGCUCGGGCUUUUUGACUUCGGCUCCGGCUUGUAAAUUACUUGCAAAGUUAAUUUUAGUCUCGGCUUUUAAUACCGUUUUAGUGCGUUUUCAAGUUGGUCGUGCUUCACUCUCCGAUCCGACAAAAAAUUCAAUUCCCAAAAAAUAAUUCAAUAAAAUCGAAAAUAAUCCAGCACACACAACAAUUAAUAUCAAAAAUACUGAAUGUGACUCUUUGGUGACAUAUCCUCGUGACUUUUUUUUCGGCUCCAUUUUUUUUCCAACGGAAAUGUAAACCAUUCGCCCCCUAAGCCCCCAGCUUCCUGCUUCGAAGUCCAGAACAAAAGCGCAACCAAAUCCAAUUACAUAACAUUUAAUUAAAUUGCCAAAAAAAAAAAAAAAAAAACAAAAUAAAAUCAAAAACAAUAAUAUCAUAAUUCACGAGUUCAAAAACGCGCUCACCAAUACAAAGGCGAACGCAUUAAAAGACGGAAGUGCAUUUUUUUUCGUUAAGCGGCAAAGCAGCGCAUCCUGUUUUUGGGCCUUCCACACACGUUCACGCACACACACGCACCCCGAACUAACACACACACACCGAGGACGGAGUCGCUCUCUCGUAUAAGAGAUUCACAUAACGGCAACUUUUCCCUUGGGUUAAUUGAUUAACCAGGCCCAAAUAAAUACGAAAGGGAGCGGAGAACACAAAGAGCCAGCAAGAUGACUGGUUUCACGAACGCCGGCUUCGAGAACGAUGAGCCCGUCAAGCCAAAAGCUGGUUUCGAGCCCGACACCGCCUCGCUGCGAGAGAAAGUUGUGCUGAAUCCGGGCGAGAAAUGGCGCAUCUUAAAGAAUAUCUCGAUCAUCUCGAUCGCCUUCAUGGUGCAGUUUACAGCGUUUCAGGGCACGGCCAACCUGCAAUCGUCUAUCAACUCGAAGGACGGCCUCGGAACAGUCUCGCUGAGUGCGAUCUACGCCGCCCUGGUGGUGUCCUGCAUCUUCCUGCCCACGCUGAUCAUCCGCAAGCUGACGGUCAAGUGGACCCUCGUGUGCAGCAUGCUCUGCUAUGCACCCUACAUCGCCUUCCAGCUCUUCCCGCGCUUCUACACCCUGGUGCCCGCCGGCAUCCUGGUCGGUAUGGGUGCGGCACCCAUGUGGGCGUCCAAGGCCACCUACCUGACGCAGGUGGGACAGGUGUACGCCAAGAUCACGGAACAGGCGGUGGACGCCAUCAUUGUGCGCUUCUUCGGCUUCUUCUUCCUGGCCUGGCAGUCCGCUGAGCUCUGGGGCAAUCUCAUCUCCAGCUUGGUCCUUUCCAGCGGAGCCCAUGGUGGAAGCAGCAGCUCGAACACGACGAUCAGCGCGGAGGACUUGCAGUACUGCGGCGCCAACUUCUGCACGACCGGAAGCAGUGGACACGGCAACCUGGAGCGGCCGCCAGAGGAUGAGAUCUUCGAGAUCACGAUGAUCUACCUGUCCUGCAUUGUGGCCGCCGUCUGCAUCAUCGCCUUCUUCCUCGAUCCCCUGAAGCGUUAUGGCGAAAAGCGCAAGGGGUCCAACUCGGCGGCGGAGCUCUCGGGACUGCAGCUGCUGUCGGCCACCUUCCGCCAGAUGAAGAAGCCGAACCUGCAGCUCCUCAUCCCGAUCACCGUGUUCAUCGGCAUGGAGCAGGCCUUCAUCGGCGCCGACUUCACCCAGGCCUACGUGGCCUGCGCCCUGGGCGUGAACAAGAUUGGCUUCGUGAUGAUCUGCUUCGGCGUGGUGAACGCCCUCUGCUCGAUCCUCUUCGGAUCGGUGAUGAAGUACAUUGGCCGCAUGCCGAUCAUCGUUCUGGGCGCCGUCGUCCAUUUCACCCUGAUCACCGUGGAGCUCUUCUGGCGCCCCAAUCCCGACAACCCCAUCAUCUUCUAUGCGAUGUCCGGUCUUUGGGGCGUCGGCGAUGCCGUGUGGCAGACGCAGAUCAACGGACUGUACGGACUGCUCUUCCGCAGGAACAAGGAGGCCGCCUUCUCCAACUACCGCCUGUGGGAGUCCGCUGGAUUCGUGAUCGCCUACGCCUACGCCACCACGCUCUGCACGCAGAUGAAGCUCUACAUCCUGCUGGCGGUGCUCACGCUCGGCUGCAUCGGCUACGUGAUUGUGGAGAUCCUCUACAGGAAGAAGCAACGCAAGGUGAAGAAGCAGGAGAGGCUGGAGGCGGCGGAGAAGGAGAAGGAGGCCGCUGCCGCCGCAGCUGCUGCCGCUCUGGCCGCCGCAGAGGCAGGUCCCGAUGGCGUCGAGGAGACCGACGACGAGCUGGACGAUCUCGAGGAGGACAUUGUGGUCACGCGCCUGUAAAUGUGUUAUUCUCCCCUAAACGUGCACCCCCGAAAACCCACAAGCCCCUCACAAGCCCCACAUUCCAUCAGUUAUCGAUAGAAGGAGAGAACAGAAGGAGAACAUCGGAAGCGUUAUCGAUUCAACUAUCCACUUUGCAUAUGCGCUAUCGAUAGCAUAGUAUAGUUAACAAUCCUGUCGAUAGGCAUAACGGCAAAAUAACGCUCCAUUAUCGAUAAUCAAGAAAAGACAUCAACUGGCGCCGAUCGAAGGACGCAAGGCGUUGCAUACUUUUGUGGUUGUAGUUUUGUAGUAGAACAUUUGUACCCCUCACCCCCGAAAACCCGCUCCUGCAAAAGAGAAGAAACCAUUUAGCUCAAAGCCCAAACGCGUUUGGCGUUUGGCUUAACUUUAGUUUGUACAUACAGAGAAGAGAUCGAAAAGGGCGACAUGCUAAUUAAAUGCAAAGGCAGUGAGAAACCCCGGAAAAUGCAAAACUUUUGUGUCUUAGUCUAGGUGUAAGCACACUCGCACUUGUGGCUUAUAUUCACGCUCUAUUCUCAAAUAUAUCUUUUUGAAAUUGAGGCGUUUUUAUAAGCCCAGUGCCACACAACCAUUCAAGCGAAAAACGCACACACCUACACACGAGAUACACACACUGCAACAGUGUGCGUGUCCACAAUGCCUAACAAAUUGUUAUUUUAUUUUAAAGUGUAUUUUUACUGUAGUCUAUCCUUAAACGAAAAUUGUAAUUCCCCUCCCUUUCUUGUAAAUUGAGUUUUUUGUUUUUUUUUUUAAAGAAAACGUGAUAAUCCAUAGACGGCCACACGAAACACAAGAACAGUCACAAAAAAAAAACAAUUAUAUAAAAAUAGUCAAAUUUGUAAAGUUUAAAAUACACUGGCCCUAAAGGAAUACAUAUUUAAAAAAUAUGUAUACUAUAGAUCAGUGCAAAAGUGAAAAAAAAAAAACAAAACGAAAAGCAAUUAAUUAAUAUAUAAAUAUAUCUUUAAACAAAAAAGCAAAAAAUCUAGUAGGCAAAAUGUUAUAUACACAUUUUUUGCUCAGUAUUAUGUUUUAAACUACAUUUAAGCGAGUUAUUGUUUCCUGUUUAUAUUUUUUUGUCGUAAACCCUAUUUUUACGAUUUUUUCUGUUUUUCGAUUUCGAGUUUGAUUUUUUCUUCUUCUUCAACAAACUCCCUGCGAUGGCAAUUAAGAUUAAUGAGAAAUCUAAUUAUAUAUCACAAUUACAUCUACAAAGCGAUAUAUAUAUUUUUCGUUUUAUUUAAACGUUUUACUUAAAUGUUAAUUGAAAAAAUACACACACACACACAAACAAAUUUGUGAGAAAAAAAAAUUACAAUAAAUAUUUUUUCUUUUUUUUUUUUUUGCUUAGCAUGUUAAGUAGUUCAUUAUAUUAUGUAAAACAUAUAAAAUAAAUAAAUGAAUAUAAAUCUA